UUUGCUCCAGUUACCGGCGGCAAAAUUGAUUCCAACAGUUUGAGCAUCCGCGUUCCCCCUAAAUGCCUCCCCUCCCCGCGUACAGUGGCCCGCGUUCAUGCCAGCAAGCGGGCCGGAACCCCCAUAUCACUGCGUCGUGCCUUCCAGCGGCGUAUUGAGACUGUCUUGGAUGCUGAGGAACUCAAUGGGAAGGCGCCACCUUCCACAGGUCCUCGAUCCUACCCGCUUACUCAUCCACCAAAGGAUCCUAUCCUAUGUCCGGAUACCGUCGUCUAA